AUGGGUGUCUGGACGUUCUUGCCGGCAGUCUUCUUUGGCCUCGCCGCAGGGCGCUCACUGUGGUCGUCAAGGCCUGCAAGCUAUGGAGACCGAUCGACUGAUGAUUACAUCCUCAAGUCUGCAUAUCCCCUAGGAAAUGGAAAGCUUGGAGCUAUGCCGUUUGGGCCUCCAGAGUUGGAGAGGAUUCUCUUGAAUGUCGACUCCCUUUGGUCCGGCGGACCUUUUGAAAACGCGAGCUAUAGUGGAGGAAAUCCACUCGGCUCGCAGCCCAAGUACCCGGUUUUGCCUGGUAUUCGGUCCAAAAUCUUUGAUCAAGGCACAGGAGAUGUGAACGGCCUUCUGGGGACGAAUGCCAACUACGGCUCGUACCAGGUCCUAGGUAAUCUGACGGUUGACUUCGAUGGCUUCGCCGAUUACUCCGAGUAUCGCAGGUCGCUGGAUCUGACCAAUGGCGUACACACCACGGUCUACGACUCGGAUGGCCUUCACGUCGAGACCACCAGCUUCUGUUCUUUCCCAGACCAGGUCUGUGUUUGGGCGACAUCAAGUAAUGGAACCCUCCCUCCGCUGCAUGUCCACUUCGAAAACCUUCAAGUCUCGCAAGACCUGGUUAAUACCACCUGCGCCAACGACGACCAUAUCCGCCUGAAGGGUGUAACACAAUUGGGUCCACCAGAAGGACUUCAAUAUGAGGCAGUGGCUCGUCUAAGCAAAGACUCCCAUGCUAAGGCGUCGUGCCACAACGGUCGGCUGAAGGUCGUGCCUAGCGAGGGCAAAGGCAGAGUGACCGUCAUUGUCGGAGCCGGCACAAACUUUGAUCAUACAAAGGGCACCGCUGACGAUAAUUACUCGUUCAGGGGAGCGAGUCCUGGUAAACUUGUUGCUGAGACCACGUCGAACGCUGUAUAUAAAAGCACUGAAACUCUGUUGGACCGCCAUAUCAGAGACUUUUCCACUCUCACAAACAGGUUCAAACUCAAUCUCCCGGAUACUCUUGGAUCCAAGGAGAGAGAGACAGCAGAGAUCAUCUCCGAGCUUCAGGCAACUGGACCCUCCGAUCCCUUCCUCGAUGGCCUUCUUUUUGAUUAUUCUCGCUGCCUGCUCAUUUCCUCCUCCCGGGAAAAUUCCUUGCCCGCGAAUUUGCAAGGCAGAUGGAACGAGGACAUCAAACCCAGUUGGAGUAGUGACUAUCACGCCAAUAUUAACGUUCAAAUGAACUACUGGCCAGCUGACCAGACCGGUCUCACGGAGACCCAGGGCGCCCUUUGGGACUACAUGCGUUACAACUGGGUGCCACGCGGCGCGGAAACCGCACGACUCCUGUAUAACGCUUCUGGCUGGGUCACCCACAAUGAGAUGAAUAUCUUUGGGCAUACGGCGAUGAAGGAUGGUGCGACGUGGGCCAACUAUCCGCUCGCUGGUGCCUGGAUGAUGCAACAUGUAUGGGACUAUUUCGACUAUACACGAGAUAUAGCGUGGCACAAGGAGAUCGGCUAUCCGCUGCUGAAGGGUAUUGCUGAAUUCUGGCUUUCGCAGCUUCAGGAGGAUGAAUUCAGUAACGACGGGACUCUUGUUGUCAACCCUUGCAACAGUCCAGAGCAGGGACCAACCACUUUCGGCUGUGCUCACGACCAGCAACAGAUCCAUCAAGUGUUUGAUAAUAUCCUCGCAAGCGCAGGUGUCGUAGACGAGCGGGAUCACGACUUCCUCAGCCAAGUUUUAUCUGCAAUCUCGAAGCUAGACAAAGGCUUGCACUUGACCGACUGGGGGGGUAUCAAGGAAUGGAAGCUCCCCGACUCGUAUGGAUACGACACGAAGAACACGCACCGGCAUUUGUCGCACCUUACCGGCUGGUAUCCUGGCUACUCUCUUUCUUCCUACAUGGAUGGCUACGUUAACGAGACAAUCCAAUCCGCAAUCCGCGAAACCCUCAUUGCAAGGGGGAGUGGAAACGGUGACGAUGCAAAUUCUGGGUGGGCCAAAGUAUGGCGCGCAGCGGCAUGGGCCCGCCUCAAUAACACGGAGAAGGCCUACUACCACCUCAAGUACGCGAUCCAGGUAAACUUUGUCGGAAACGGGCUGAGUAUGUAUGGGGCAGCGGAGCCACCCUUCCAGAUUGACGCCAACCUAGGAUUUGGAGGGGCAGUGCUCAGCAUGCUCUCGGUCGAUCUGCCACUGGCCCACGAUUCUGACGACACCGCUGUGAGAACGGUGGUCCUAGGUCCUGCCAUUCCAUCUGCCUGGGCUGGUGGAAGUGUCAAUGGCCUCCGCAUUCGGGGUGGUGGAAUUAUUGACUUUGAAUGGGACGACUCUGGGCUUGUUACUACAGCCCAGCUCACAGAUUCCAAAAGUCGUGUCAAGGUGGUGAAUAAAGAAGGCACAAUCCUUGCUGAGCAUAAGUAAAUUCGGCUCCAGUGGACAAACUCCCAACAGGAACAUGACCAUACACAGAGAGAGGGAACUCGAGUAGCGGACAUUACCCGGAGAUUCCCCAUGGCACGACUCCGGUAAUUCCUCCGGUGCUCUUAGUAGAAAUAGC